AUGAGCUCGAAAGGUCUCCUCCUAGUCUUCGCCGAGGUUGGCAACCAGGUCUCGGAGGCUGAAUUCCACGACUGGUACGACCACGAGCACAUCCCGCUUCGCACCGCGCUUCCAGGUUUCCACUCUGCGACGCGUGCUAUCCAGGCGGACGACCAGAAGCCUACAUGGGCUGCUCUGUACGACUUGUCUUCUGUUGAAUACCUCGAAAAGGAUGAAUAUGCGAACCUAGCGAAGACGCGUAGCGCACGCGAGGCCGACGUCUUGUCAAAGGUCGGAGUGCUCCAGCGGCGUAUCUAUAAACUCAACGAGGAGGCGCCCAAGGCGGUCAGCCCAAACUUCACAGGUCACAAGGAGGGAAUGACACUCAUCAUCGUCUCAAUGGACGUUGAGCCUGAGUUUGAAGAAGAAUUGCAUAGAUGGUACAACGAGGAACAUACCGACAUGCUUUCAAAGGUUCCUGGCUGGCUGCGUUCACGGCGCUACACCCUAGUCGAAACAGGCGUAACUGGGACGUCAAAGGAAGUCAGUGAAUACAAGAAGCCAGCAAAGUUCCUUGCGGUGCAUGAAUAUUCAAGGAUCAGUCCCGACCUGUUCGAAGCCGAGGAGUUCAAAGCUGCGAUAUCAACGCCAUGGCGUAAGAGGAUUUGGGAGAAUAACAAGAACACCGAGAGACGCGUAUUCAAGGUUUACAAAACGUUUUGA